AUGCCUAGCCUAGAGGAUGGCACAGCGGCGCCCUUCUUGGGUGCGCUGCAGGCCUGCACAUCCGUGCUCCUGACCUUGCUGUACGGCAUCAUCGCUCGCCAGGCCAACAUCAUCCACGAAAAAACCAUCAACGACAUGUCCGGUCUUUGCGUCAGGCUCUUCCUGCCAGCAUUGAUCAUGGUGAAACUGGGGUCCGAGCUACACAUUGGAAUUGCUAUGAACUAUGUCCCCGUAUUCAGUGCGUUUUUCCCACCAAAUUCUAAUAAUAUCGGAAGGAUGGGGAAGGCGCUGAUUAUCAAAAAAGUAUGGGCGAUUUCAUACACGGCUAUAUCCGUCGUCAUGGGCUAUAUACUUUCACGACUACUCCGGCUCCCUCAGUGGGUGACUCCCACAGUGUCCUCUAACAACACCAGCUCCCUGCCCCUUCUCCUCCUGGAGACUCUGCAGUCCACCGGAAGUUUGAGCUUGAUCACUCCUCCCGGGCAAACCCAAAAAGACGCGGUGAACCGUGCCCAGUCUUACUUUCUCGUCUGUGCAGUGACUACAAAGACAAUCUCGUACGCAAUCGGACCGCGCAUGUUGCGUGACAUGGGCAACGAGGGCCGUAAUCGGCAGCCGGAAGACGACGUUGACUCGGAGAAUCAAACGACGAACGUGCAGCAGCAGCAGCAGCAAGAUAACAGCAGUAACAAUAACCACAACACCUGCAAUGGAGCCACUCACUUGCCAACAGAGCAAGAGGAGGAAGAAGCAGCCAACGAACAUACCUCCCUCCUACCAACCCGUGUACAGAUUGCACGACACAACACCCACAGUGCAAUACGCUACAUAUUCUCAUUCUUCCCCAAAACGUUGCGAAGAGGCCUAAACGCAAUCGAUUCACCGUUUCUCGAUGCUGCUCUUCUUUGCACAGUGACUGGUGUUCUUGUCGGGCUAGUGCCGAAACUCCAUCACGCGUUUUUCGCAUCGUACGAGGAUGGCGGCAUCUUUCACGCAUGGCUGACCUCCAGCAUCGAGAAUAUCGGCGGCCUGUUCACCAGUCUCCAGGUUUUCUUGGUUGGAUGCAAACUCGGCGUCAGCUUUGAGAAGAUGCGACGCUCCAAACACUCGGGAAAUGUUCCAGUGAGAGCUCUUCUCGUGAUUUUUUGCGUCCGCUUGAUCGUUUGGCCAGCAAUCAGCAUUUCAUCCCUCUAUCUAUUCAUCCGCUACACGAAAAUCCUCCCACGCGACCCAAUCCUUUGGUUCAGUAUGAUGGUGAUGCCGACCGGACCGCCGGCCCUGAUCAUCUCGGGGCUGACCGAGCUAGGCGAGGUAUCAGAAUUGGAGAAGAUGGCGAUUGCAAAGGUUUUGGCCGUUAUGUACAUGCUCUCGCCGGUUGUUUCUUUUACGAUCACGGGAGCUUUGAAGGCUACCGAGGCCAUAUUAAGGUCGGAAGGGCAAAAAUGA